CUUAUUUUUACGUUUUACUCGAGAUUUACUCUGCGUUUUUUUAAGCGGAUAAAAAUAUAAGGGGAAAAGAAAAAAAGCUAACUAAAAAACUUGAAAUAAAAAAUUAUUCAUCAUUCAUUAUAAAUGUACCAUCAGGAAUUUCAAAACCAAGAUUCAAAUGCUGCAUUAAUGGAGUUAGAAAAAGGUCUUCGAAGUGGAAAAGCAGGUGAGCAAUGUGGAGCUAUUGUUCAUGUUCCAGCAUUAUUAGAAAGACAUCCUUAUCCUAUACUUGUUAAUUCAGCAUUCCUAAAGUUGGCUGAUGCUUUUCGCACCGGUUCAAAUUUUUUAAAGUUAUGUGUGUUAAAAGCCAUUCAGAGCAGCAAAAAGCAUUUAAACAAAAUAUUCAAUGUUGAUGAAUUCUAUCUUCGAUUUUUUGCAGUUAUACACAGUAAUGAUCCAAUUGCUCGUUCCGUUACAUUGAGAAUUUUUGGAAGUAUUUCUUCUAUUGUUGCUGAAAGAAAAGACAUACAUCAUUGCAUUACCAAUAGUCUUGAUUCCCAUGAUAAUUCAGAAGUUGAAGCUGCUAUAUUUGCUACAAAAGCAUUUGCUGAGCAAUCAAGUACAUUUGCAAUGGGAAUGUGGCAAAAGAUUUCUGAAAUGGUAAAAGGUCUCACAACAAGUUUGGAAUUAAAGAUGAAGUUACUACCUGUGUUCAAAUAUAUGCAUCAUGAUUUUGCAAUUGUUAAGAAGAUAAAUUUACUAUGUGAUGAGUUAAUGGAAUCAUAUCCAUCUCAUAUGCUUAUUGCUACUGUGCUCAAUACAACUACGCACUUGUCGCUGGCCACAUUAGUUAAUAUCAAAUCUCAGAUUACUCGAUUACUUCAUUUUACCUUUGAAGUGCCGCGCAAAUCAAUCAACCAUGUUGCUAUUCAAAAUUUAUUUCAGCUUGCAAAAAAUGCUUCUUAUCUAUGGUGUGAAGAACAAGUGGAGCAAUUGUUAUCAUCAUUAUUAACAUCAUCAUUAAAUUUGCAGAAGCAAAUUUUCGAAAUUAUUGUAGUUUUAGGUUGCUCUUCACCACAGAUUUUUUCUCAGAAAGCAUUAAUGGAUUUGAAUCAUUUGAAAAACCAUGUAUGUACAGAGAUAUCUAUUGCUUCUCUUCAUGUUUUAGUUAGUGUUCAAUCCAAUGUUAAAGGCAGUUUAGAAGAUACAGGGAGCUUGGAAGCAGAACUGCAAAGUCUGUUUUCCAUGUCUAUUCAUGAAAAGUCUUUUGCUUCUCUAAAACAAUGUUUGGAAAUAGCAGUUAUUAUUGUUAAAAAUUCAAAUGAUGUCUCUUCACUGCCAGCUUUUUUUUUGAAAUGUUUACCAUAUUUAACAAAAAAUCAAGCUCUUGAAGUUUGUCGCUGCCUGGUAAAGUUAGCUGCACAGCGUAUAUGUUUGUUUGAAAACUUUGUAGACAUUCUUUUACAAUUCAUAAGUAACAGUUUUACAAAUGAUUUAUCCAAGGUUGACAAAGAUAUUAUUGUGGGUUUAGUUACAGUUAUUUAUUAUAUUGAAGCAAAAAACCAGAAAAAAAAUUUCCAAGAAGAAUUAUUUGUACAUUUUACUAAACUCAAUGAGUUGGGAGAAUUGUGGAUAUUGUUUAGGUUAGCAAGACAAGCUUCAAGAUUGGCUUAUCCUACUCUGGCAUAUCGAGUUUUUAACUUACUGAUUCCGAAGGUGUCUUCUGAAAGCUUUUAUUUUUGGUUGAAGUGCUUGUCUAGUAUUCAUGAAGGUGAAUCAAUGUUGCUUGGAGAAUUCUGUUCAAUAGAAAAAGUCCAUAAAAUGUUGACUCUAGCACAUAAUCAUUAUCAGCAAGGUCUAAUUUUCUUAAAGGCAGCUGUUACUACUGAACACAAUUUGUACUUUCAGUUUAAGUUUGUUCGCUUGCGUUCUGACUUUUUCAAAGCGUAUAUACAUUUAUUAUCAUGUUGCUCGAGUUUUAAAUUUAGUGCUUCAACAAAAUCACAGCAGCAACAACAAAUUUUAUUACAGCUUCAACACUGUUCUAAUUUAUUUAAUAAUGUUUCCAAUGGGUAUGAAAACCUUUUUAAAUGUUCAUUUAAUGCAGAUCCUUCUACGCUAAACUUAAUUCAACUUCUACAUGAAUGCAGUCAAGUCAUGACCUAUGCUAUCAAAUCAUUAGUUUCUGAACGCAAUAAUAAUAGAACAACUAUAAGUACAUUUCAAAAUGGUUUUCUCAAAUCUUUGUGCAAUACUGAGUCAGUCACAAAGAAAAAUCUUGCUAUUUUAGAGAAAGUUCAGAAAAUUGAUUCAGAGACAAAAAAUGUAUUUCUUUCUCAAAAGCAAAUUGAUUGUUUGGUAUCUGGUGUGAUAGCUCAACUAUCUAUUGGUUUUAGUUAUCCAUCAUAUUUUUACAAAGCAGUUCAAAAUACAAUUUUACAACUGUAUGUAACACCAAGAAUGGAAGACUCACCAACUGUCAACAUUAACACAGAAAUGGUUUUAAAAGUAGAAGGAGUCAUUGUCAACAAAUCAAAUAAAACUUUCAGAAGCGUUUCAAAGGUAAACUUGCUUGUGCAAGUAACUCCCACAGAAAAUGUGAGGAAAGUAACACUCGAUUAUAAGCCGAUUAAUUUUGAAGAAAUGGUUUUCAAAGAAUCUACCGCACCUACCAACGAUUACUUUUCUGCUCAAUUCCUCCUUUCAUUCAAGUAUCUUGGCAACCACUUAAUAACAAUAAGUGCAGGUGUUACAGAUGAAAACAAUUUUGAUUGGGAGACUGGACCUAGUUCUUCACUUCAAGUAGAAGUUUUUGAGCAGCGAAAAAAAUAAGAUGAAAAGUGAGCCUCAAUAUUUAAAGUUAUAUCGUGUCAUUAUCAAAUAAAUAGUUUACUUUCUACAUCCCUUA